GUUCAGACGGAGUGAGAUUGGACUCUGGAGUGCCUCGUAAUCAUCGAUAUUUGAUCUCAAAUAUAUGACUUGCACAAGAUGUUAAGAUGACCGUCGAUAGUGGCGGUGGAGGCAUGGGCGGGGGUGGAGAGACAUUGUCAGAGUCAGAGACUCAUGAUAAGGAGCUGCGAGCACGCCUCUUACACUUCCACACAUCCUUCAGUUCUCAAGAAAGCAACCAUGCGAACGCCUCCAUAGGUGGAUGGCUGGAUCACCAGCACGACCCAGGUACGAUGGCAGAAGAUUUAGUCUCAGAUGAUCCUGAUGGUGUAGGGCUGCUCUGGCACGAUGACCCGGACUCCGGCCAUCCCUUCACUAGGGCUGCACUGCAGGGUGAUGUUGCCACUGUCAAGGACCACGUCAGCAGGCAGACUUUUGACCCUAAUUCAAAGAAAGCCCAGCAUGCUCUUCUGGUGGCUUGUCGUACAGGAAAUGUGGAGCUUGUUCAUGUCCUCUUAAAUGCAGGAGUUGACGUGCACUGCAGAGACUCUAAGUCCAGCUGGCAACCAAUACACAUUGCAACUUAUCGUGACAAUGUUGCCGUGGUGGAAGCCCUUGCUAUGCAUGGGGAGUGGCGGAGAGGCUUGGCCCUUGUUAGAUUCCGUGGAAUCACGUGUAGCCUGCUUCACCUGGCAGCCAAUUUUGGGUGCCUGGCAGUGCUGCGGUACCUUCUGUCACACACAGUCAGACUUGGGCUUCACAUAGAAUCUCGUGAUGCUGCUCACUGGACAGCCCUCCACCAUGCAGCCUUUGAGGGACGCAUGCAAGCAGUCACACUCCUGCUGCAGGCAGGUGCAGAUGUCAACUCUGCUGACCCUCAUGGUGUCACAUCUUUGCACGUGGCUGCAUACAGAGACCAUACCAAUGUAGUGAGGCUUCUGCUAUCUCGUGGAGCCAAUCCAAAAAUGAUUGUCAAAACUCCUACCUCUGACCUGUGCCAAACAGAACGGGGUUUCGAGAGAGUGGAGCCCAUCAUCAAAUUCCAUGCUGGGUCAACACUCCUCCACUGGGCAGCCUCUAAGGGCUAUGAUGACCUGGUGGCCGAUCUUCUUGCUAGGGGUCUUGCGGUAAGUGCAUCAGACCGCCUUGGCCGCACACCCCUAGGGGUCGCUAUGUGGGCCGGUAACACCAGCAUAGUCAACACGCUAAUGCAAGAAAAGGUGUCACUCACAGAGGAAGACAAAGACUGGAGUGCUAUCACACGCGAAGAGGUUGGUCUGAGUAUCGUCAAGGUGAUAGAGGAGACUGCAGUUUGUUCCCUUGAUGCCUGCCGCACUGACGGAUUCACCCUACUUCACCUCGCUGCACAAAAUGGCUACCCCAACAUGAUGCACCGCCUCCUCUCGCUUAAGCUAUCACCAGAUGUGAAGAACAACCAGGGUGAGACCCCCCUCUUUGUGGCCAUCCGUAGCAACCAGCUGGCUUGCGUGCAGCAGCUGAUCAAUGCUGGGACGCGCCUCAGUAUAGUGGAUAACCGAGGGGGCUCUGCACUGCACAUGGCAGCCAAGAAGGGCAAUGUAACAGUGAUUGACAUGUUACUGACAACCUCAGAGCUGGAGGAGCGGGACAUAGAUAUUAACCGCUGUGAUAAUAUUGGAUAUACACCCAUUUAUUAUGCUAUCAAUGCCAGCAGGUAUGACAUAGUCCAGAGGUUCCUGGAAUACAGCCUGGUACGGAAGGUGCAUGUUAAAGCGACCAACGGGGAGACCCUCCUGCAGUUCUACACAGAGAGGAACAACUUAGGCCAGUAUGACAAUGCAGUGGUGCGGGUGCUGGAGUGUGAGAAGCUCCUUCACAGCACCAAACCCAGUGCUGAGAUGUGUCUCCAUGUGCAACUGGGAACAACUGAAGCCAGCUCCAAGGCCCGAACUCAGCUCCAGGCCAUGUAUGAGUCAACCAAGGCCCAGCGCCACUGUUGGAACUUCUGGUUCUUCCUCUCGUGCUUUCUCCUUCCUUCUGUCUUUUACUACCUGGAUGUAUACACAGACAUUCUCCUGGCAGUAGAGUACUACAAGGAGUAUGUGAGGAUCAUGAGGAAUGCCACUGAGAUGGCUGACAACCAGACACUGCCUGUUGGAGAGGAGUCGGAGGAGCAGGUCUUCAGAGAGUUCUGCAUGGGGAUUUUCUACAACAUCACAGAGUCACAGUACAAGAUCAACUUUGUGCUGACACUGUUCUUCAUCCUGCUGCCUAUCACACUGCUCUCCCUGUGGAAUCUGUACAUCCACGUGACGCAGCCAGACAUCCUGCCUGUGUUCCGCCUGCUGCCCAGCUUCCUCCGUGUCACCUUGUACUCUGUCAUCUUCCUCACCCCCCUCGCCCCUGUCAUGGCCUACUUGGAGAACACCUAUGCGCAAAUGAAACACAUGAAUGUUACGGCCAGGCAGAUGCAGGAGGUGGACUCCAAGUCAUACAACAGCCUAGGGGGUCCUGGUAACACCAAGACGUACCGCCACCACAUGAGGGACCAGAAGAUUCGCAAGUACUAUGACCUGAAGCAUGUGGCUCAGAUGCGUGUAGCCAUAACUAAUGUGAUGGAGGCCACGUUGGAGUCCGCCUUCCAGCUCAUCUUGCAGUUGUACAUCGUGGGUACAAGAUACACGGAGCUGGAUGAAGUGAAAGAUGUAACCCUGGGCUCCAUUCUGUCGCUGUCGUCAGGCGGGCAGAAGACGCAACUGUCCAAGCAGGUAUUCUCUGUGCUCAUCUCACUGGUGUCAUUGACAUGGUCAUUCACCUCGUACCACCGUUUCUCCAAGCUGGGUGGGCUCACUAUCCUCAAUGCGCUGCCACUCCUCUUCGCGAUUUUCUUCCAGGUUGUCUCCCGAGCAAUAGCAUGCACCGUGUUCACCCUGGCGUACACGUGGAAGGUGUUUGUUGUGCUGGGGGUGCACUUCGUCAUCGUCCUCGUCUUCAAGCUUAAAUUGGAGGAGAGGUCGGUGCUCCCCGUACGGAACUACAGGUGCUGCCACUGCCUGCUGGCCUACCUCCGCCCUUACUUCUACGUCUUCCUUGGCACCAUUGCAUCAACGCUGGUCUAUUUCCGUCUUGAGCGCCCGUCCGCCGUCAAGAAGCUACUUGCACGCAGGCACUCCACAGUUGUCAUUCAGGUGUUGUUCCUGAUCCUAGCCUUCAUUGAGAAUCUGGUUCUCCUCUCUUUGGGGAUAGUCGGCCUCAACAAGGAAAAGUAUGACUCCACCUUCAUCAUCAUCUCAUCGGUAGUGUGUGCACUCAGCUAUCUCAUCGGUGUCAUACUUCAUGCUGUUUAUUAUAGCUGCUUUGGACACCCCUGGGUGGACAUCAAUGGACCAUCUCUGACCCAUGACCGGGAUGAAGGUGUGCUGGUGCUGGCUUAUUACCGCCAGGGGCAGAUUUCCAAAUGGUCGUUCCACUCCUGCUGCACAGUUGUCCACCACAAUGAGCUGCCCACCGACAACAUCUACCGCCAGGAUUUGCAGAUCAAUGGCAAGGAUCGACAGGUCAAAGACUUAUAAUAAAUCCAUAGUUGUUGUUGCUACUGCUACUGCUGAAGGAGGAGGAGUAGGAGGAGGAGGAGAAGGAGUGGUUGGAGUAUUGUUGACCUCACCUUUUACGUGAAAAAGGGACUGAGGUUGUUACUCCUUCCUUGUUGUUUUUUCUGCCUUGACACAUUAUUUUAUUUCGACUUUGUGUUUUAUUGUUUCUGUCAAGGAAGUCGCUUUUGUUAUGAGUGAGGUGGCACAGUGCAGGAAAAUCUGUUUCUGUUUCUUUCGAUUUGUUUUUGUUUUGCUUAUUGUUAUUUGUUUUAGCUUUGUGUAUUUUGUUAUAUUUAUUUUUUUCUUAUCUUCUAUCAUAAACUAACGCUUCAGUCUUUCAAUGAAGUGACUCAUUAAGGGUGCCUGGUGCCCCAAGAUUACAGUGAAUAAUAUUUGGAAGACUGUAGAAGAAAACUUGGAUGCUCAUUUACCUCUGUUGGCAACAGUUUAGCAUAAGUAGACUUUUCGAAGUAGACAGUACUUACUUCAGUGUAAAGCUAAACAUGGCGGCUUACCCCUCACAAAAAAAAGCAUAGCAGAAACAGUUUAAUGGAGGUCAUGCCAAUGGCUAUAAGUUGUCUAGUCAUUUGAAAAAAGAGGUGUUAUUAGCAUAUUAGUUUCUGGGUGUGUGAAGAGAGAGAAGUAAAUUUUUUUAUAAGUGAGAGAAAGAAAUAUAUGGAAGACAAAAUCAGUUGAAAACAAUAUAAACUGUAGUGCUGAUAAAUCAAGUUCACAAAAAAAUAAAUUUGUAUAUGUUAUUUAUUUUAUUUCAUUAUUAGAAGUUUCUGAAGACAUCAUUUAUUUCUUUCUCCAUGUGUACCAUUCCCUUGAAGGUACGGUGGCCUUCCCAGCACCAAGCACAGAACAAGCUCUGAGGAUUUCUUGUCACCAUGUAGGGUUUGAUGUGCAUGUGCUGAACACGUCCUGUUUUUACAUCUGUCCUAUCCGUGACUGCCAGAGGACAGGUACCAUGAUAUGGUUGAAUGACAGAUAAUGGCCAAUAAAGAAAAAAAAAAAGGUUUUGGACAUCCACAUUAUGAAAAUAAGCAAUAGAGAGGCUUUAUUAAGACUUUUAUGGAAGAGCUUUUGAUUGCAGUGUUGUUGUUGUUUUUUUCUUCCUCUUCUUUUGGCCUCUGUGUAUUUGGUUCCUAGUAGCCUCACCAACUAAUGCUAAGGUGGGUCUACACUUCAGAGCGAGAAGGGACAGUGUUUUAAAAAGAAUGUGUGUGGUUGCCUUUGCUUCCAUACUUCUUUCUAGUCCUAUAUUAUGUUUGUUUUCCUCUCAUUCUUUCUGCUGUGAUACAGUUCAUCUUCCUUUUUAAGUCUCUCUCUCUCUCUCUCUCUCUCUCUCUCUCUCUCUCUC